CAAGGAGGAAUCAAGUUUGGGAUAUCUUAUCUGUUGUCAGUAUCUUCACAUCCAAGUAUGUUUUUACUAAGAGUUUAGUUUCGCCUCACUUGACGGUAUCUCUGAUGCCAAAGUGACUACAAAUUCAACACAUUCCUGUCAUUUUCCAUCGAACGAUCUCAUUGGUCGAUUACAAUUGACCCAUUGUCUUUCUUUUUGCCGCGUCCAGAUCAUUUGAGUCUUUGCUCCGCAUGAGCGAAUAUUUCGGAAAUAUUUCUUCGCUGAUGUGUUGUGUCUUAGGGGCACUCCACCUAGUGCUUGGAAUAUUGCUGUAUGUUCGCGUAGUUGCCGGGGUAUUCUUCUUUCGCUCGGUCGUCCAAAGGAAGUUGGCGUGUCUUCAGUGGAAGCUCGGUUUGCAUGUUGUCCGAAGUUUGACCAGUUUUGGAAUGCGUGGUCCUAAAUGUUGAUGCAUUGAUCUCCAGCGAGUGACAGUAACCUUACUACAAGCUUUACUGAGAGAGAAUUUCGACUGUAACUUCAGCUGCUGUUAAAUUAUCUUCUUUACAAGGUAUUAGGUAAUGGAUUUCGAUCAAGACGACGACAGUGGAACAUUCACGCUGAGAAUAAAGUCGCGAUCAGAUGAACAUGAGGGGACACAGAAGAAAACAUUUACAAAGUGGAUAAAUGCACAACUAGCAAAGGCUGGUACUGGUCAGCAAGUCAAAGAUUUGUUUGAAGAUCUGAAGGAUGGAACCAAACUCUUGCUGCUUCUGGAGAUUCUAUGUGGAAAGAGGAUUAGAAGUGAAAGAGGUCGUACUCGUGUUCACUUCAUGACCAAUGUGGACAACGCUCUCAGAAUUUUGGAAGAAAACAACGUACGACCUGUGAACAUCAGCAAUGAUGACAUUGUUGACGGAAACCCUAAAUUGACUUUGGGUCUGAUGUGGUAUAUCAUUUCACAUUUCCAGUUGCAACUGCUGCUGAAGAAUCUGAUGUUGGAUUCUGAUACGGACACACCAGAAGAAAAACUGUUGGCUUGGUGUCGACAGUCAGUCAGAGGGUAUGAUGGAGUGGAGGUCAAGAACUUUACCACCAGCUGGAGAGACGGACUGGCAUUCAAUGCUUUGAUCCAUAGAUACAGACCUCACCUGUUUGACUACAGUGACCAACUGGACAAGACACCCAUCGAUUGUUGUGAAAAUGCUUUCUCCGUCGCAGAGCAGUUUCUUGAUGUAGACCGGCUUCUGGAGCCUUCAGAUAUUGUUCGUGACAGACCCGACAAGAAAUCGAUCCUGAUGUACGUUUCGAAUUUGUACAACAAGCUGGCGCCUGGCGUGACACACAUGACCGUCCAGAGGAAUGGUACUAGUACCAGCACGUCACGCAAAAUUGAGAAGUCAGAGCACACGCAUACCGUGUCCAAACGCACGAUUAGUAGCACGUACCACACGGAACACACUGUGAAACACGUUAAGAAGGGUUAUGAUGAGAGGGAACCUGUUAGAUACGUGACCACCACCAGUACCACAGUGAAGGAACCGCCUAUACAACACUCUGCAAUCACAACUGUAGUGGAGCGUACUCAAGAAUCGGAGCGGCCUGAUUCCAUGGUUAGUGAAACAAGCAGCGUGCGAGAUUCUGUCGGUUCUUUCAAGGAAUGGGAAGACUACAAUUCUGCCCUGCAAGAUGUCUUAAACUGGCUGUCACAGGCAGAAAGGACUUUGGAAUCACAGGAAAACAUUUCUGAUGAUGUUGAUGCUGUGAAAAAGCAGUUUCAUGAACAUGAGGACUUCAUGAUGGAGCUGACCUCCCAUCAGUCGGACGUGGGAGCAGUGCUGGAGUUUGGUAACCAGUUGAUAAGCGAAGGGCUUGUGAAUGAGAAGGAAGAAAACGAGAUUCGAGAACAAAUGAUCUCGCUGAACGAUCGAUGGGAAGCCUUGAGAAUGGCGGCUAUGGACAGGCAGACCAAACUUCACGUGCAGUUAAUGGAUCUCCAACAGAAGCAAAUUAACGCUCUAGCUGAGUGGCUGACAGUGGCAGAGCAGAGAAUCAACAGCUCUGAACCAAUUGGAUCUGAUCUUGACACUGUAAAGCGUCAAGUGGAAAACCACAAGUUUUUCCAGGAAGACCUUGAGAAGCAGCAGCAACAAGUGAACUCGCUUACGCAUAUGGUUGUUGUAGUUGACGAUAGCAGCAAUGAGAGCGCCACCGCUGACCUGGAGGAACAGCUAGCGGUUCUUGGAGAACGCUGGUCGAAUGUGUGCAAGUGGACAGAGCAGAGAUGGACCAUGCUUCAGGACGUGCUGAAAAGCUGGCAAGAAUACAGGGAUGAAGAAAGAAGACUGUCAAAAUGGCUGUCGGAAAAAGAAUCACAGAUUGAAGAUAUGAAACACAUUGAUUUGGGUGAUGGUGAAGUGGUCAAGAAAGCUCUCAAAAUGUUCACGAACAUGGAACAAGAAAUGGAAGCUCAGCAAGCUACAUUUGGAACUUUCAAUCUCGCUGCCGAGAAGGUCGCUGAGAAUCUGGAGGAGAAUUCUCCCGGAGUGUCUGACAUUCAAGAGAAAAUGGAGGAGUUUAACGACAGAUGGAACAAAAUAACCACGGAAGUCUCCAGCCGAAUAGCCUUGUUGGAAGGUAUGGAGUUAAAGCUGCAGCAUUUUCACAGUGACUUAGCUGAUAAGACCCAGUGGAUGAGUGACACAGAAACUCUGCUCAAGUCUCCCGCGUUCAAUCUGGAUGACGAGAACAUUACCAGCGAUAAAGUGGCUCAGCAGAACGAACUUGUCGAGUCACUGGACAACGCAAGAAGACAGCGCAAACCAAGCGUGACGGCCGUGCAGAAGAAAGGAGAAGAGUUGAUCGAGCACUGCCGUAACCAAGGCAACAUACCAGUGUCUCUUGAACAGUCGCUUAGCAACUUCUCAGACCGCUGGAAUUCCGUCGGAAGCUUGAUAGACGACCGCAGACAUAAAGCACAGCUGGCGCGUCGAAGGCGGGAUGUACAGGACUUGAUGGUGACAUUGGAAGCGGUGUUAAAGGACGUGGAGAGAGUCACGACCAAGUUUAGCGCAGAGGUGCCUGAGAACGAGUACGAAAUGAAGUCACAACUGGAGUUAUGCAAGGUGAAACUCGAGGAAAUGAGCACCAACGAGGUGUCCCUAAUCAGGGUUCGAGAAUUGUCACGCAACCUGAGUAAGGAAGACAGGCACACCCCACACCUCCAGUCAGGGGUGAAGCGCCUUGACGACCGCUGGUCAAAAGCGCAGACGACCUUGGAAAACAGGCAGAAACAGCUUACGGCCGCGCUGGAGUCUGGGCCACCUAAACAGUUUCUUAGCACGAUGGACGCCGUUCUACUCAAGAUUAAAAACAUGGAGUCACAACUUGGCUCGGAGUUUCUCAUCACUGACACAGCCUCACUUGAAGAACAGCUACAGAAGUACAAGCAACUACAGUCGAACAUGACAGAACAGCAGCGGAACAUGGAUUAUCUGAACAGCACUGGGGACAAGUUUGUUAAAUCCCUACCAAGACAGAGAUCAGAACAGCUGAGAUCUAAACUCUCCGACCUGAAUGAUAAAUGGAGGGACAUAAAUCUCCAUGCGGAGAAGCGACAGAAUCAAGUCUCGAAGGCCGUAAAUCAAACUCGUCAGUUUACUGAAGAGAUCCGAGGGUUGUUCAAAUGGAUGACAGAUGCAAGUGCUUUCCUCAAAGAUCAGGAGCCAGCCUCUGGAGAUCCGGAAACACUAGAAGCUCAAUUGGAUCAGAGUGAGGCCCUUCAAGGAGACGUAACCAAGCUUCAACGCAAGCUUGAUUCAUUGAAUGAGACCGGUACAUAUAUGAUCAGCAAGGCGGCACCAGCUUUUGCAGGAAAACUGAAGGACGAGCUGGAAGAGUUGAACGGGCGCUGGGACGACCUUGUUCGGGUAGCUUUGAGAGUGAAAGAUAAUUUGGUAGCUUCCCUGGAGAAAUACCAGAAACUGACACACGACAUGAAAGAGAUUAGUCACUGGAUCAUGCAGGUAGAAAGGUCAAUUGCUGAUGAUGAGGGUGACAUAACGAGUGGAGGAAUGACCAAGGAGAAGACGGAACAGUACAAGGAGCUCCAACAGGAUAUCUCUAAACGCGCCCCAGUCGUGGUGCGAAUCAACACAACUGCCAAUCAAAUGAUUGACAACACAAAACAGGGAAGCCCCGCCCUCUUGAAGGAAAACCUGAAAAAGUUGAACGGAGACUGGAACCGACUGAAGACCAAGGUUGCACAGCGGCAACAUGAGUUCAAGCAGACGCAGUUAGAGCUGGAGCAGUUUCACGUGUUGACGGAGCGGGAUUACAAGCAGAUGGGCGACAUCGAUCGUGUAGUGGAGAAGAGCUAUUACGUGCUUGAGGGAACUGAGGCCGAACUGGACGAUGCUUUAAGGAAUCUAAACCGUCACGUGGCAGCCAUUAAAGAAAGCGGCCCUGGUUCGGUUCCAGAUCUCGCCAGGCAGCUGAUGAGCAAGAGAAUCGCUGUAUCGAUAAUCAGGAAAGACCUAGAUGAUUAUGAGGAUCGUUGGUCUGAUGUUCGUGGUAAAGUCGAUAAAACUCGUCAAGUUCUUGAAGGCGAAAUACAGCGGCGACAGCAGAUGAGGAAAGACCUGGAGACGAUUCGAAUGUGGGUGAUCAAGAUUGAAGUGCUCAUCAAUUCUAAAUUGACCAAACACGAGGAGAUGGACGAGAGAGAAAUUAAGGCUUUAGAAGAGGAAUUUUCUCUGAAUCAAUCGCUAUUGAACUCAGUCGAAUCCACGUGCAACGAACUGAGCAAUACUCCCAAAGGCUCGGUGUACCUCAAGUUGAUUAAAGAACUGGAGCAGCUCCGAACAAAGUGGGUUGCAAUCCACACCAAGUUUAGAGAAGUCAAAGAACAGCCCGGCAAGAAACUAGAGGCAGAGUUUGAUACGCUUCACGGACAGACAUUAACUGAUUUGGACAAGAUUCAGCGCGGCGUCAAAAAGCUGAAGUUGGAGUCCGCUGAGCCGAGGAAUAUUAAGAGUCUCCUGGAUAAAUGUGUGACAUACAAAGAUGAAUUGUCCACCAUCAAAAACGACUUGGAUCAAGUCAGGAAGCUUGGGUUCCAGAUUAUGGAGCGAGUUCCAGAAGAAAAGAGGACUGGAGUCGAAAGACGAGUCGAGGAAGUCGUUCACGAGCACAGGGAACUGGAGAAGAAAGUGCGGACAAAGGAGGAGGUAAGUGCAUGCGCAGUAAGCACAACUGGCUUACGAGCUGACAAAGGCUCUCCUUUAGAGGCAAAUCUUUGUUUUCGUCUUNGCACCAACGUCGUCGACCUUGGCGCGAAGCUGGGAAGUGCUCAGAAACGCAUGCGCAGUGAGCAUGUCACUCAAUCUAACGGCGGCGUCGUGCAAAAGUCGUCGAUUCGUAAGCUCCCUAAUGGUAAUCAAAAACCGCGUUAUCAAAGAUUAAGCUCUUUGUUCCCUUUAGUUCUGUGGAGGCGCGGUGACCCCAUGAGUAACCGAGAUAAGCUCCGGCCUGCUGGGCCAUUUGGCUCGUAUGCAGAGUUAAAAACUUUUUUCUUUACCUCCCUGUUGUUCUAUUUCAUGGAUUUGUCAUUUCUUUUUCAGGAACGCAAGACAGUUUCGUCAGCACCCGGAGGUUUAGUUGAAGAGGUUUUGAAAAGACAAGAAAGAACAGAAACCGACAGUGGACAACCCAUCGUCGAGACCAUCACAACACGCCGGACAUACACAACAAGCACUACUCCAGACUCGGGUCUGUAUGUUGACGAUGAUUUCCAAAGACGUUUGGAUCAGAUCUUGUUGGAUGUCAAAAGUCUUGAAGACCUCAUCAAUGAUAUCCAGUCCCCCAAGAAAUCAUCUGAGAAUGAAGUGAACGAGAAAAUCAAGGCUGCAGAGGGUCAAAUCGACAACCUUCAGCCACUUGUGGAACACCUGCUGAAAGAGAGCAAACUUCUUGCUAACAGGGAGGGGGCAAGAGGGGAUCAUAUCCACCAGGCGUUGCUUGACUUGUCAAGUCGCUGGUUGAAGGCCUGUGACGAGGUAGAGAAGCAGAAGAAAGCUGUUCGUAUCGUGCCCAACUGGUAUCAGUUCAGGAGCAACAUGGAUGAUAUUGAUGCGUGGCUGAAGAAGAUGGAGCAGGAUAAGGGGUUGUCGGUAGAGCCGGAAGAAAUCGAGGAGCAGCAAGCAAAGUAUGAGAUGGUGUUCAAGAAUAUCGAGGAACUCGACAGACAGGGAGUUCAAAUCCUGUCUCCGCGUGAGAUUGAGCGGUUAAGAAAGCGGUUCAGGGACGUUCACACCAAGUUCACACAAUAUCAGAAACCUGCUGGGGAUACCACCUCUUACCGCAUCACAGUUCACACGGGUGAUGUAAAAGAUGCCGGCACACAGUCUAAUGUAUCCGUAGAACUGUUUGGCGAGAAAGGAAAAUCACCCAAACUGAAAUUGGACAAAUCCGAGACAUACAACACCAAGUUCUGUCGCGAUCAGCUCGAUAUAUUCACUGUUUACAACGUUCCUCACCUGGGAGAUUUACACAAAAUUCAGGUCUGGCACGAUAGGACUGGGCCGAAGCAUGAAUGGUUUGUGAAAGGAUUUUACGUUGAAGACAAGUCCACUAGAAAGGUUUACUUUUUCAAUUGCAACGCGUGGAUUGGUCGAGAUGCUGACAAGCAAGACAUCAAGUGUGAGGGUUACACCCUGCCUGAAGAAGGCGAAGAUGUCAUGACCAAGUCCUCUUUAGCGCGAGUCCGCUGGCAAGUGACUCUGGUGGAACACGAGCCUGCACAGACUCCCGGAUGGAAGCUGGUACAAGACACCAGGAAGCUGUCAGAUGAAGUCCAUGAGGUCGAGCUACUGCUGGAGUCUCCUGAGUUACAGAAGGCAGACUUUGAAGACUUCUCCAAACAGGAAGACAAGCUGAAGUUGAUUAGCGAGAAGCUGGAGGAUCUUGAGCCUCGUGCGACGGAAGUACUCUCUCGCAGCGAGACUGUGCAGUCUUCGCGUACUGAAAAGGAAUAUGAUGCUGUAAAGAGAGCCGCUAGCAAGUUCAGGUUACAAUGGAAUAACCUUAACCAGGAUUACAAGGCCCGGUCUCUUCGCUGGGAGAAGGCUGUAGCAGUUUGGCGCCAAUUCCACUGCGAUCUUAAAGAUGUGACCUCAUGGAUGACGCAUGCGGAGAAAGUUCUCGACGAAACAUCUGGAGAAAUUGAAUUCAGCGCUGCCAAAAAGGAACAGAAGGCUCUGGAAGAUGGUAUCGGUCGUCAUCAAAGCACGGUGAAUGCCAUGAACACAGCCGGACAAGAGAUUAUCAGUAAAUCAACAACAGUGGAGGCUGACAUGUUGCGGGAUAAACUGACUACACAGAACAGGCGCUGGGAGUCUAUCUGUAAUCAAGUGACGGACAGGAGAGACAGAUUUAAGGAAGAAGCCAUGCAGAUAGAAGAGUUUUUGGAGGAGAGUGCUGACUUGCUGCAGUGGAUGGACGAAGCGGACUCGGAGCUGCAGACGAAGGAUCCUUCCCCUGCUGACGAGGAUGCGUUAGAGGAACUGCUUGAAAAGAUCAAGGGGGUUCAACAAGAACAAAAUAACAGAGAAGAUUCAAAGAACAGCAUCCAGCAGACAGCGGAACGACUUCUGUCCAAACCCACCAUCUCCAAACCCAACUCUGAAACCAUCAGAACCAGGCUCGAUAUCCUGCUCACGCGCUGGGACAUCCUGCGCGCGGACAUCGCGACACGCACGCGAGGAGUGGAGUCCAAGCUGAGGCGCGUGUCGGAGUUCCUAGCGGAUCUAGAGGAGCUAAGCUCGUGGGCUUCUACGACGAGGGAAUUGUUAGAGAAGCAAGAAAGUGGAGAGUACAACCAAGAAGUUGUCGUUCCUAAGACUGUUCAAGAGUCGCUGAAGUCUCGUCAACCGAAGCUUGACGGCAUCAAUGAAAGCAUGGCGCGAUACAGACGGGAGAGCAAACUUGAUGGAAACCAGGUCCCCAAACCACUGGAAAUCAAGGCCAAAGCUCUCAACGAUGACUGGAGUCGAAUUGCGUCACUUACCGCCAAACUGUUUGCGGCCCGCGUCACGCCUCGUAAGGCUGUCGAGGAGAUUGCUGUCGAGGUGAAACAGCGGUCAGUUCACGCCGGGGUACCACUGAUCAUGGAGGACUGGAGAGAGGAGAGUGCAUCUCCGUGGCCGAAGUUCGACAAAGCAGUGUCUGAACUCCACGACUGGUUGGACACCUUGUCGGAGAUGAUGAAGACAGAAAAGACUGUGCUUGGAGAUUCCGAGGACAUGGACGGACUUCUAGAAAAGCAAAAGUCAAUAGAUGAGCAGCUGAAGACCAAACAACAUUUGUUAGACGAGAUUGCAGAGAUGGGACAAACGCUUAUUGACGAUGCACAAACAGAAGAGGACAAGAUCCUGAUUGAUAGCAAGGUCAGCAAGUUGAAGGGACACUGGGAGAAUAUCGUGGACAACUCGGCAGUAUGGCGGGGACAAAUCGAUUACUUGAUGGAGGAAUGGAAGAGAUUCGUAGAACUUCGGGAAGAACUUCUCGAGUGGAUCCGGAAAGCCGAGGCUUACCUCGAGAAGGACGAGAACGUGUACGGCUUCACGGUCAGCGAACUGGAGGAACAGAUUGAUAAACAUAAGGAAUUUGAAGACGAUGUGGAGAACUGGAGAGGAAGUAUCAGCGCUGUGAACCAGUGCGGCGAGCAUUUGGUUCAGGAGUUUCCUCAUUACGAAUCUGGAGAACUCAAAAAUUCCAUGUCAGAGCUCAGCGAGAGAUGGACCAACAUCACCAGCAGAUCUGAUUCUCGUAAGAAACAUCUAAAGGAAGCAUUUGAUCGCAUGGUGCGAUUCCAUGAAGACAUGAUCAACGCUCUGACUUGGCUGACUUCAGCAGAGUCUAAAGUGGCGGAAUUGGACAGCGCUGUUGAGGCAACCAGCACGGAAGAGCAGCAAGACAUGGAGGCACUGAGAAAGGAAUUAAAAUUCCUUGAGGAUGACAUCAAUGGUCACCAGGAAAUGUUUGCCUCGCUAAACGAGAAUGGCCAACAGAUUAUGGCUGAGAUGGAGCCUGGCGACGUACUAACAGCCGUGCAAGCCAAACUUGAUGACAUGAAUGACAGGUGGCAAUCACUCAACGUUCGCACGCUGGAUAUCCGUGACCGUCUGGAAGACACUGGUACCGAAUGGCGUCAGUUGCUGAUGGACUUACAGGAGAUUAUCGAUUGGAUAGCACGUGCUGAUCAGGAGCUAACUCUUCAGCAACCAAUCGGAGGAGACCUCGAAAGCGUGCAAAACCAGAACGAGAUGCACCAGGCGUUCAAAGGCAAGCUAAAUGUAAGGCGAUUAGUAGUGGAUCGUGCUCUUGAUUCAGGCCGAAGAGUUAUGGAAGAAUAUGAGACAGACAGAUCCGCUGACGAGCCUAAGGAUUCACCGCGGUCGCGCAUUGCGCAGAAUCUUAAACGACAGAUCGACACUGUGAGUGAACGCUGGUCAAUGUUGUGCCAGCGAUCAGAAGAUUGGCAGAAGUGGAUUGACGAAGUUCUCAGGAAGUUGCAGCUUUUCCAGGGUCAGAUGGAGGAGAUAGACGCGCGGCUAACUGAAGCCGAGCAAGUCAAAUCGACCUGGACGCCAGUACAAGAUCUUGUAAUCGAUUCCUUGUCAGAACAGAUGGAUGAUCUCAAGAAUCUUCAGGAACGAAUCGCGUCUCUGCAGAACAUGUUCGAGACUCUCAGUAGUACAGAGGGCGAGCUCAGACGAAAGGGCGUGUCUCUUUCGCCAGCCCUACAAAACCGGAUUGACCAGUUGUACCGGCGAUGGAAACAGUUGCAAAUUCAACUGUUGCAGAGGCAACACGCCAUGCAAGAGGCUUACUCUAGUAUUGACAUGUCCUCGAUACAAGGACUACAGGCGAGUGUCGAGCCGCCCUGGGAACGAGCAGUAGCGUUAAACAAGGUUCCUUAUUACAUCAAUCACAAGACGGAAACAACACAGUGGGACCAUCCAAAGAUGACAGAACUUUACCAUCAAAUCGCCGAACUGAAUGAUAUCAAGUACAGCGCUUACAGAACAGCCAUGAAACUACGUUGCAUCCAAAAGGCUUCUAGCUUGGAUCUUGUGACUCUGACCAACGUCGUUUCAGCAUUAGACCAGCAUAAUCUUAAAAACGCUUCUAACGACAUGUUAAUCGGUGUUCCGGAGAUGGUGAAGGUGCUGACGACUAUCUACGAGAACAUUGAGGUGCCCGCGGAUUAUACUAUGAUAAGUAACGAGUUUAGUGUGGAUCUGACCCUUAACUGGCUCCUGAACGUCUAUGACAGCGGCCGAGUAGGAAAGAUCCGUGUACUCUCGUUCAAAAUUGGUCUUGUUACAAUGGCUAGAGCUCAUCUGGAGGACAAAUACAAAUAUAUGUACCGUUUAGUGACGGAUGAAAAUAGCCUUAUGGACCACAAACAACUUGGUCUGCUGUUACACGAUUCCCUACAGAUUCCUCGACAGCUGGGAGAAAUCGCGGCUUUUGGUGGAAGCAAUAUUGAGCCGAGUGUAAGAAGCUGUUUCAAUAAGGCGGGUGCCAAGCAAACUAUUGACUGCGCGCAGUUCAUGUCUUGGCUCUCAGUUGAACCUCAAUCAAUUGUCUGGCUUCCUACUCUUCACAGACUCGCUGCGUCUGAGGCUGUGAAACACAAAGCCAAAUGUAGCAUUUGUAAAGAGUAUCCCAUUGUCGGCUUCAGAUUCCGGUGUCUGAAAUGUUUCAACUACGAUUUAUGCCAGAGUUGUUUCUGGUCGGGCCGAGUCUCCCAUGAGCACCGUCUCACUCAUCCAAUGCACCAGUACUGUUUGUCGACCACGUCUGGUGAGGAUGUGCUGGACUUCUUAGCCAUGGUUCGAAACAAAUUCAAGAAAAGGCGUUACAAGAAUAAACCGCCACGAAAACUUGGUUAUCUGCCGAUUCAGACUGUGAUGGAAGGAGGAAAUCUUGAGACACCACCCAUGCCAUCCCCUCAGCAAAAUGUGAAUAACGAAGUACACAACCGACUGGGGAUGUUCGCUCACAGGUUGGCCGAAGCAGAAUCAGAAGGAGGAAAAUACAAUCCACAUGAGUUGGACGAAGAGCAUCAGCUUAUAGCGCAAUACUGUCAAAGCCUGAAGAGCGAUACAACGGAAGCGGUAAGCUUCUCACCUAAAAGCCCGACCCAAAUUGUGAUGGCACUGGAUGCGGUAGAAAAAGAGGAUUUAGAAGCUGAACUUCUCAAACUAGAGGAAGAAAAUAGGGACCUCCAAGAGGAAUACGAACGUCUCAAAUCCAUUAGAGACCAGUCUGUCCCUCCCUCUGACGGGGAGACCUCUCCGGGAGGGCCACAGAAUCGAGACUCCGAACUGCUGGCAGAAGCUAAACUGCUGCGUCAGCAUAAAGGUCGACUGGAGGCUAGGAUGCAAGUAUUAGAAGAUCAUAACAGACAACUGGAGGCGCAGCUACAACGUCUCAGACAACUGCUCGAUCAGCCCGGCCAAGACAAACAGAGCGGGGCCCAGUCCUCGGAACGUACCACGCCGUCUUCCUCGAUCAGCUCGCUAGGAGACGGGCCCUAUUCCCCCGGCAAGUCCGCGCGAUCUGGAAAAUCCCGCGGGAACGAUAGUGAUUCCGAAUCGGAGCCCGGUGGAACAAGCCCCAUAGCCCCAGGCCCGGUUACCAACGGAAUUUCCAGCAAAGGAAAUGAAGAUCCUGCUUUGAAAGAAGUCAUGAGUCAGAUCAGCUCAUCCUUCCCUCCGGAUCAGAAAAGUGCAGAUCCCGUUGGUCAUUUGUUUGCAACGGCAAAAGAUGUCAACAAAGCUGUGGAAUCUUUAGUUCAAGUAAUGACGGACGAUGAGGCAGAGUAAUAAUAUUAAAUAUAAAGGCGCUAGACAAUUAACACAUUUUAUUCGGGAAGAGCGUUUGAGAAAAUUUUAUAACAGCUUUGUUCAAGCUACUUUAUACUUAUUUCAUUGGUUUUCCCACGGCAACCCUUCUUGGAAUAAAUAAUAAAGUUCGGUCAUAUACUAAUUCUCUAAAGUAGCUGUCGACAUGAGUCGAAGAUCUCCGAAGAUGAUCGUAUUCGUUCCGAGGAUCUUCGGUGGAAUUAAUAGGUUUCAUGCCAUAACCCAGAACAACUUAACGGGUUUGGCGCGUUUUAUUAAAGCUCGGCUAUAGUUUAUUCUUGAAGACAUGUAAACUCGUCGAUAUUAGCCGUGAAGCAACAGUAACAGUUAAGUUACAAGGAGCUUGCUGAUGGGUUUUGCAAAGCCAACUCAUUUUAGCUUUAAAUGAAAGUUGUGAAAACAAAUUUAAUGGAACAUUAUGUUAAUUCAUUUGUAGUGUAUUGAAUAAUUUUCGUCGAAAUUUUGAAAUGGUUAAGUUACCAUGGAAACGUUAGGAACAACUCCACGGUUGACGAUAUUGAAUAGUAAAUUCGCGAUUUUAGUUAUCUGAGGUAAGAGUCUUCUAAGAAAGAUAUUAUGCGUAACGAAAGUGCUGAAGUUUUCUGUUUUUUAUCUGAUACCCAGCCAUACCAAUUAAGCUAGUUAAAGGUAACGUUUCAACCUUGUGGUUAGUUUUAUGUAUAUUCAACAGACAAGCUUCCAAGCGACAUUUUAUGUCCUUGCGUAUUUUAAUCCGUUCUGCCUUCCCCAGGAUGGUUAGAGCCCAGACAGUUAAAUAAAUUAACAACAAAGUUUUUCUUUUUUGGUUUUAAGUGAGAACUUUGCCAUAAUAUUCAAUUCUCUUACGGUUUAGAUGGUUUACAAUGUAAUCCUGGAAAGUUUCGUUGCUCCUUAUGGCAUAAUGGAGGAAUAUUUUCGUAUUGAAUAAUGUUAUUUUCAUAUUAUUAGUUGAAUGGUAUGUAAAUUUUUAUACCGUAAUAAACUGCUAUUACUUGCUAAA